AUGAGCGAUACAGCGAAAGCUGCUGAUGAUGCAGCUAGUGCAAGUGGGGAGCAAAAAUCGUCCGAAAAUUCAGAUGAAAUAGAGAAAAAUGUUAAGAAUAUUCAACGUUGUGUGGUAGAUGCUGUGAAGAGUGCGAAUUUACUACCGAAGCUAUCGGAAGGCUACGAACUAUUUGCAUCGUUCCCGUUGUAUGCACAGUUUAUGAACGAACAAGAGAAGAGGGUUCUCAGUCUUCUGCGGUCAGUGAUGCGUCAAGCAGGAUGUUCAAUAAGAUUACCGUCGAAAAUAGUGGAUAUUGAUGAAUUGAUUGAUAGUAUCGCUGAAGGGAACGAUUCAAUUGUUGAGAAAGUGGGUAUCCUAUUGGAUCAACUCUCAAAGAAUGCGAAUGCCGAGAAGCUUGUAGUUCCCGAACUGGCGAUAGGUGCCGAGCAUAUACCCGAUCUUGGCAGUGGAGUAGCAAAUAGUAAUAGCUUGCGGCAGUCAGGAUCCGCAGGUCGUUACGCUGCCUUGUCGAUCCGAGCUCAGGCUCUAAGCGCAGCUCGUCUGAAUGAAUCUUCGACGUCAGCAGCAUCGACGCCCAGAACUCCUCCAAGCUUAGAAACAGUGUUCAGUACACCGUGCCUAUCGGCUGCAAGGCGACGAAUUAUCAGAUUGAGUUCACCGUUUUUGCAGAAAGUGCUUGUUAAACCUCAAUUGGCCUAUUCAAUACCCGUGGACAAUAGCGAUCGAGAGUUUGUGUCGAAAUUGAAGCAAAAACACAAUGCACGAAAUACGGAACCGCAGGAGGAGCGUUUAAGGAUUCGAGAUGAACAGCAGGAAGGUGGGGAUUGUAGUGGGCGAUUGGAGUGGAAUAGUGACCAACAGGAGACGGAGAAUGAACAUCCAUAUAAGAGCGAAUUGGAUGGUUUCGAGGUAUUUGUUUGGUUGGUUGACGUGUUAAGAGAGGGAGUCAUUCGAGAAUUAUGUAUUGAAGACUUUAGUCAUUUGAGAUCAGAUUCUAUAAAUUUCAUUUUAAACUUGAUAAUUGAAGUGCUCUUCUUAAAGAUACCCGCGUCUCAGCUGCAGUUAGGUGAAAGACGCCAAGUUAAAGCACUUGAAGACACAGAAUUGGUCAUGGUUGAUACGGUUGAGAAGUUGGAGAAGAUGAGGGAUGAACUGAAUGCGAGCAGUGCAUUUGCUGUUGAUUUGGAGCACCACUCGUAUCGCUCGUUUCAAGGUCUGACUUGUCUUUUGCAAAUUUCAACGUCAACGAAAGAUUAUAUCAUUGAUCCAUUCCCAAUAUGGAACGAAAUGCACAUUUUGAAUGAUCCGUUUACAAAUCCGAACAUUUUAAAGGUAUUUCACGGCUCUGAACAUGACGUUCGAUGGCUGCAACGUGAUUUCGGUAUAUACGUUGUGGGAAUGUUUGAUACGUACUGCGCAAUGCAUGUGCUCAGCUUUGAGAGAUUCUCUUUGGCGCAUUUGGUGCAGUCGAUUUGUAAUGUGGUACUGGAUAAGGAAUUGCAGAAAGCCGAUUGGAGAGUGAGACCGUUGAGUGCAGCACAUUUGGAGUAUGCACGUAGUGAUACACAUUACUUAUUGCAUUGUUACGAUGUGCUGAGACAACAGUUGAUCAAUCGAGGAAAUGAGACGAAAAAUUUGUUGCGAACAACGUAUAAUGAAUCUGUAUUGUUGUGUCGUAAUGUAUACGAGAAGCCGAAAUUCGACGCAGAAGGUUACGAAGUAUUAUUGAGAGGCAGAAAAUCGUUCAAUUCACGUCAGCUGUAUGCACUGCGAGAGUUAUGGAAAUGGCGUGACGAACGAGCGAGAGCAGAAGAUGAGAGCUUGGAAUAUGUGCUGCCAAAUUAUAAUUUACUUCAAAUUGCUGAGGUUUUACCACGUGAAGCACAGGGAAUUUUGGCCUGCUGCAGUCCGAUUCCACCACUCGUAAAGCAAGAACUGAUCACUCUGCAUCGUAUCGUGUAUGCGGCUCGAGAUCGCCCUCUGGAAUUGAGGCCAACUUUGAAUCUGAAUCAAGCCACGUUGACGUUUGAAUCGUUUGAAACGCAACGUUCAAAAAUGACCAAACAGAAAGCGAUUUUAAGAUCGCAUUUGGAUUUCUCGAUGACGAAGUUUGACGAAGAGAUCAGUACAUCGCGUUCGAUUGAUGUGGACGCUGAAGAACUCAGCAAGCUGAUCAGUUUGAAGAAAAGCGCUGAAUUGUCUUUAGCCGAUUGUCAACUACCUGCAACGAUGUCGACUGAUUUGCAAAAAAUGGUUGUUGAUGAGAAUAAGGAAAGAGGAGAGGAAGCAAGUGAUCAUCGCGGUGAGGAGGAAGUUUGUGCUGAUAAAAGCGUUUAUAAGAUCGGUCCAGAAGUGGAGUUGGAGAAUGAGAAGCGAGAACAACUUCGGGAAGAGUUGUCACAAUGGGCGACUCCGUAUGAGUGUUUUGUGAUUGCGGUGAAGGAACGGCAAACGCGAGAAACUGAGGCAAGCGGUUUGGAAAAUGCUCAAAAGAACGCAAAAUCAGGGGAUUCUGUGGAGAAAAGUGGUACUGGUGAAGAAGAAGGAGGAGAGAAGAAAUUGUGGUCACAUCUUGAUCCUGCAUCUGAGAGACCUGUAUUCUUGGAGAAGAAGGAAGAUAUAUCAGCGAGUGAAAUGAGAGCAAAACGACAACAAGAAGCGGAGGCUGCCAUAGGAAUGACUGAAGAAAUGACUCUGACCAAGAAAGCACUGAAAAGGAAACACAAAUUUGAGCGUGGAAGACCAGAUAUUCCGAGAGCUGGUUUGGAUUUGGAGAAUGCAAAAACAGUUGGAACAACUCCUGAUGGAGGAGAAGCAGGCGGACCUCCAGAAAAGAAAAAAUGGACUAGCGCAGCUAGUGAGCUGAGUACAGAGCCAGUUGAUUACGCGAAAUUUGACUCGCAAAUGUUUAAUGGUCAGUGA